UCAUUUACUCUUAAAUACUCUUCAAACUCGAGGCGCGCGAGUUGGGAAAAACAGCCCAAACCUACUUUUGUUUUAUUUUUAAAAAAGAAAAUGUCAGGGUUUACAUUUGGAGGGACAUCAGCAGGAGGCUUUGGAACAGGAACAACUGGUUUUGGUGGCGGAGGAUUUGGGUUUGGGACUCAACCUAAAACUACAGCAGCUACAGGCUUUGGUUUGGGUUUUGGGCAGACUGCUGCUAGCACAGCUCCAUCAUUUGGUUUUGGCGCAGCCACAACUACAGCAUCUAGUGCUCCAACAUUUGGGUUUGGAGCUACAACAACGUCUGCUGCUCCGUCUUUUGGAUUUGGAGCCACAACAAGCACUGCUCCAAGCUUUGGGUUUGGAUCUACGACUGGCACAGGCUUUGGGAGUACAACUUCUGCACCCACUGGAUUUGGAGGUUUAGGAGGGUUUGGGGCCACUACUGGUGCUACUGGAUUUGGGCUUGGUCUAAAUACAGCAACCCAGGCACAGCAGCAACAACAACAAAUGGUUGCAGAUCCAGCAGCGGAAGAGCUUGCAAAGAUAAGCAAGGCUGUAUCCCAGCCUCAGAUAUUUGGGGAUGAGAGAGAUGCUGUUAUUGCAAAAUGGAACCAGCUACAAGCUCAUUGGGGCAAGGGCAAGGGGUACUACACUGGCCAAAACUUUGUGGAGUUCAAGCCUGAUAAUAUAUUCUGCAAAUUUAAGGCUGUAGGAUACAACUGUAUGCCCUCAGGUAAAAAUGAAGAUGGGCUUGUGGCAUUGAUCAUUAAACAUCCUGUAGAUAUGGUGAAACCACAGCAACAGCAGGCACUAGAUACUAUACAUAAGAUACUGGGAAACAAACCACAACAUACAGUCUGUGCUGAGGCCAUUAACCAAAUUCCAGAUGAUAGGGCAGAAUUAGUGAUAUACGUGAUGGAACGUCCUCAGAUGGGCCCUGCCAAGCGAUGUCCUGCCACAGAUCUGUAUAACUAUUUAUCAUCUCAGCAGUUGAAACAACAGCUGGUAUCCCAGCUCGAUGUAGAGACAAUAACUGCCAAACUUCUCACCAAGGAACAACUCAAACUGUACCUUGAUCAUCCACCUGCAGGAAUAGAUCCAUUACUAUGGCAACAGGCUAUUCUUGACAACCCGGAUCCAGAGAAGAUGAUUCCAGUACCUAUGAUAGGGUUUAAAGAGUUGCAUAAGAGACUUAAAUAUCAAGACCAGCAAACAAAACUACAUCAACAAAGACUAGACUUGAUAGCGCAGGACUUGACAGAGUUUCAAAACAAACAAAGUAACAUGUUGGCCAAGUUGGAUGAAUACAAGAGGAAACACCUGGAACUCAGUCAUAGAUUGUUACAGGUGAUAGUGAAGCAGGAGAUGCACAGGAAACAAGGAUUUGCUAUACAGGUGGAUGAGGAACAAUUGAGAGUUCAUCUAGAGGCAAUACAGGCAGAACUUAACCACCCCACCCAGUUUAAGGGUCGAUUGAAUGAGUUAAUGUCACAGAUAAGAAUGCAAAAUCAUUUAGCAGCUUCAAGAUCAGAUGUUAAUUAUCAGAUAGACCCAUCUAUGUUACAUGAACUUAAAACUUUGUUGAAACAACAGCAGGAGGGACUGACACAUUUAAUAGACAUUGUUAAAGAAGACACACAGGACUUAAAUGUGAUAGAACAGGGACUUACAGACACUGCUAAUGCUAGGAGAUAGAAAUUACUAUUACAAACUGACUACACUAUAUAAUAAUAUGAAAGUGAAUUCAUCACGAGUAUCAUACAUCCAGUCGAAAUGUUACCAGAAAUUAUUUAGACGUAUAGCAAUCCCUCUGACAAGGAUGCUGAGUAACAUCAUUGUGAAAUCUUGGUGAUAUAUUUGUUAAUAAAAAAUGUUUUAGAAAAAAUGUGAAACUUCGAAGGUUCUUGUAUAAUAUAGUGGAAGCAUUUUAAGUCUCAGAUGAUGAAAAAUUCCAUUCUGAUGUAAACUAUAGUCUUAGAGGAGGAGAGAAGCAUCAGAUUUUGUCUUUAUAUACUCUGCAAACAGAGCAGAAAACUGUUGUAAGGCUGACAUGAAUGAAAAUAUUGCAUGUUUGCAUUGUAUCAUGUGUGGCGGUAAUGGUGAAUAUUGACAGAAAUAUAUUGAAGCUUUGUUCAAGAAAUGACUGUUGAUCAGACUUGUUAAUGGGAAAAAUACACCACAAAAAAAUUCAUAGUCAUUUGUAGUGUGCUUGUGUUUGAUAAGCAUUUGCUUAAAAAUAUGGGUCCUUGUAUGACUAUUACAUUUGAAAUAAUUGAAUGUGAAACUUUUAAGCUGCCAUCGAAAUGAACACUAGCCCAAAGGUAAUGCCUAAAGUAAAUUAUGGCAAGAAGCAGUUCUCAAAAAUUUAUAUAAGCUUAUAGACUCAGGAUUGUAAGAAAUUUUGCAGUUCAUAUUGAUAUAUAGAAAUCCGAGCCCUUAAUUCUAGUGCUAUUUUAGAUUCCGUUUCCAAGGUUUAGGGCAAUAUGACCUGAUCUGCAUUGUUUCAUGAACCCUUGGUCAUUGUUAUAAUUCAGAUUUCUGCUAAAAAGGUUUUCUACUGGUAGAGUUGUGUGAGAGAGAAAGUAAACUUUCAUUAAUUUUGUUAAUUUAUUCAUAGGCAGUGAGCGUGAGAUGUAAGAUUCUGACAUACUGCAUGGAAGUUUCUAGUAAUUUCACUGGUACUGAAAAACAGCUGUAAGGUAUAGGUGUUAACAAUGUUAUUGUAGGAAUAGCUCCUAGCUAAGGAAAAGGUUUUGAAAACAACAUAAACAUUAACAAAAUAUAUGUCUGAACAUACAUUUAUAUUAUAAAUAAUGUCUUAUUUUCAAUAAUAGAUAAGUAUACUGGUUGGGAACCAGUAGCCGGACACAUUUUCAUAUUUUGGCUCCAUUAUUUCCUAAAAAAAUAUUUGACAUAAAUGAAGCCCACACUGCAUAAACUUCAGCUCCUUCCGCAUCCGAUGUAAUCAGCAUCGUGUUGUGACGUAAAAUAUGGGUUCCAUGGGGCCUCAAAUGGGGUCACAAAAAGAAGUUAUUUUCCCCGUGAGGUAAACCAGUAGCCGGACAAAUAUUUUGACGAUGUUUUGCUGUUAUUUUGAUAUCGAAAUAAGUAAUUAAUUUCUUUUUACACACUUCUUUAUCAUUAAUCUCUCCAUAAAUGCACAUGAAAGAUAACCCGACAUUCAAUAGCAGCUAUGAAAGCAAACAGAGGCAAUCUAUAAACAACUGGAAUUUCGUCUAACACGAAUUCUUGAUAAUUCCAAUAGAUAUAGAAUAAAAUUAGUGCAAAAAUCUACAGCCCUGCAUGUUAUCUAACUGUUAUGGUAAAAUUAAAAGUAGCAAAUGUUAUCAGCAAACAAUCAAUUAUGUACUUUAAUUAUUUCUUCCCACUUUGUACCUUGACAAGUGUAAACUACUGCGCAUGGGCAAUGCUAUCUUCAUGGCCCGUUAAGACAGCAAGUUGUUUUGUAAACCAAGGUGAGGUAUCAUCAUAAAAUCUAACAUUAUACAGCCUUGUUAUAUAGUAGUUUGUUGUAGACAUGAAGAACACAUAUCCAAAUGAUCUAGAUGAAACAGUUACGUGAAUAAUGCCGAAAUAAGGCGGUUAUUACAUGUGUCCGGAAACUGGUCCUGUCCGGAAAAUGUUUCCUAACCAGUACUGAUUUACAGUGAAAAUGUAAGAAAUAUUUUAGAAGCAUAAUGAAUAUGGCCACAGAAUUCUAUGUUUUUGUUGGUCAUAGAAACUAAGAAAGUCAAGAUAUCAUUUCUUUUUGUAGAUGUAAAUUUCUGUGUCUCGCUAGUAUACACUACCAUAAGAACAUAGUAUUAAAAGGAAGUCAUUAAUAAUUUAAAAUAUCUUUUUAUUCAAUUAUUUUUAGAAUAUAGCAUGCAAAUAAACUUGUUGUUUGUGCAGAUAGGAAUAUCUGACUCACAGGUACUUAUUAUUCUGAACAAGGUCUUUUAAAGGUGUCCUUGAGCCGAAUAUUUCCAGUGAAAAAUUAGAUUUUAAAUCUAUUGUAACCAUCUCUAGUUUAUAUGGAACACCGAUAAUAUUGUAGCUGUGUAGUCCAUUGUUCCAGCAAGAAGGUAAUACAUAAUGGAGGUCACAUGACAUGUAUUUCUGAGCUAUAGUAAUGGAUAUAUGCACAUAUAUACACACAAAUGCUUGGGCCAUGAAAUAAAAUGUAAACAUUUGUCUGUUAAAUACACUGUUGGGGUCUCACCAUAUUGAUAAUUAUGUAGUUCUCCAAAACAGCUGCCUCACAGAUUUAAUGGAAAGAAAAUCACAUGCUCAAAAAUACAUAAAAAAUUCUUACUUUUUAGCUCAAAUAAAUGAAGUAUAUUGAGAGCAAUUUUUCUCAUCCUGGAGUCUGCAUCCACACCUCGGUAAAAGUUUUGAUGUACUUUUACUUUAUAUUUGUUACUACUUGAUGGAUUUGCUUCAAACUUAAAAUAGUUUUCCUCAUCAUUAUCCAUUACCCACAUAGAGCAUAAGGGCCAAUACUCUUGUACUAGUAUUUCAUGAAUCAUCUCCCUUUUUACUUAGAAUUUCAGGUUAAAUUUGAUACACUUUCAGUAUAUCUUUGUUGUAACUUAAUUGAUUUGUUUCAAACUUAAAAUAGUUGUUCCACAUCAUUACCCACAUCAUAUGACACAAGGGCCGUAAGUCUCUAACAAUUAUUUCAUGAAUUAUGUCCCUUUAUGCUUAGAAUUUCAGGUUGGAUUUGAUACAUGUUCAUUAUAUCUUUGUGGUUACUUAAUGGAAUUGUUUCAUACUUAAAAUAGUUAAUCCACUUCACCUUCCUCAUCAUACAAGGUCCAUUACUUGUACACAUUUGAUGCUUUUUACUGUAUGUUGUUACUUAAUGGAAUUGUUUCAUACUUAAAAUAGUUAAUCCACUUCACCUUCCUCAUUAUACAAGGUCCAUUACUUGUACACAUUUGAUGCUUUUUACUAUAUGUUGUUACUUAAUGGAAUUGUUUCAUACUUAAAAUAGUUAAUCCACUUCACCUUCCUCAUCAUACAAGGUCCAUUACUUGUACACAUUUGAUGCUUUUUACUAUAUUUAUGUUGUUGCUGAAUGGAAUUGUUUCAUACUAAAUGGAUUUGAUUUUAACUUGAAAUAGUUGUUCCACAUCAUUAGCAACAUGAUAAUGACAGAUGAUGCAUUAUUGUUGCAGAAAUAUUCAGUGAAUUAUAUCCUUUUAUAGAUAGAUUUAUUCGUGUAAAUAUAUACAUCGCAUUGACACAAUUAUCACAUACAUUGAAUUUAUACAGCACAUAAUAUAUUAACACAGCUUGGAUAUCACAGACAUUAUUGGUAACUAAUGCACAAUUAUGACAUAUAUAAAAACACAGGAUAACCUGUAAAAGCCUUGUGGCUUAUUUCCAACAGGGUCCUUGUUAAUAUUUGGAUACAUUUUCACUCUAUCUCUGUUAUUACUAAGUACAUUUGACCCAGAUUUUUUUCCCCUAUUAAUACUGACAUGAUACUGUUGCAGAAAUAUUCCAUGAAUUAUGCCCCUUUUGUACUUUGUUAAUGUUUUGAUACAUUUCCACUCAAUCUCUGUUAUUAUUAAAUACAUUCAACACAAGUCUUAAACUAUUCUCCAAUAUUGUCAUUCACAGUGAAGUCCUUUAACACUUAAAUGAUAGCUUCUAAAGAUGUGUCAUAUUUCACAAUGCAGCAUCGAAAUAGUCAAACUCAUGUGACAGCAGUUCUUUAUUUUAGGACUGGCUUUUAGACUGAACUUUAAUUCUACAUAGUCAUAUUUAGGAUCAAAUAUCUAAUAACUCGCCAUAUAACUUUAAAAUAAGAAAUGUUGCUUUUUUUGUCUUGAAAUUAUUAUACAGACUUCCUUUAAGGUCCAAGAUGAAAGUCUGGCUUUUAUCUGUAGAACUAUUAAUCAGUUUGGUGCGGACUAAUGGUUAUAUACUCUUACAUGAAAUUUUGCUAUUGUUACAAAAUUGCUGACAAUAAAAAGAUGAAAAUUAAAA